AGUUCCAUUGUCCAGCAAAGCUCCCAGCUUUAUCUUAGAACUGAUCGAGGAUCUCCGAAUAGUACCAUUUUCGAUAAAAAGAAAUUAAUCACGUAUAAACACAUUGUAAGUAAAUCUCUUUGAUAUCAUCGUGUCAUUUCUCAAUCCUAGCUUUCAAAACUACCUAGUACACAUUUAGACAAAGCACGGAAAGUAUCUGUCCUGCAAACUCAUGCAUAUUCAGCCCUACGAGCUUAGUGGAUACUAGGUAGCCCAAGAAAUAUAUUAUUUUGAUUGAACAUCUAGUGGUUGUUCAAUGGAUAUAGAAUAAUCCGUCGGGGCACCCCACGUUUCGACUUGGACUUAAGUUAUGACUCAGAAUUCCAUAUGGAGCUUGAAGUUUCAAUAUCUUAAGUCACCUAAUAUAUCUAUUCUAGCUCUGCUUUUGAUUCAUGCGACGAGAUAAAGCACAAAUCAAAUCUAACAAAUCUUCAGCUCUUCUCACCCCGCCCAGCAUGUCCUCCUCAAAAGAACCAGAACCAGAACCAACCUUCCAACUCUUCACCUCCCUCCGCUACGACCCAAUCCUCCUCCAAUCACCUCUUAACAUCCAAUCCUGGCCUCUUCCCUCCCCCACCCCAUGCCCCUUCUACAUGCUCCCUUAUCACCGCGACCGACUCCAACAAGCCGCUACCCACUUUUCCUGGCCCAUCGCCAUAAACGCCAUAUCCGGUCCCGACGGAUUCCAAAACCUCCUGACCACUCUCUCCAAAACCAUCGAUACCAGCUCUCCCACCCCCUUGCGGGUACGGGUCGUUCUCGAUCAUCGAGGAAAUCUAACCGUAGAAUCGAAUCCCGUCCCCGCAGUCUCACUGUCCAACCUCUUUCCAACCCGUCUUCCACCCCCAUCCACCCUCUCCCACCCAACACCCCAAGCAUCAAUAUCCCCCCUAACAGGCGGCGCCCUAACCCUCGGCACUACCGACCUCCUCCCCAGCGAACCCCUUAAAUCCUUCAACUCCUCAACCCCCUAUACCAUCAUCCCAGACCCAUCCCUCACCACCCCCUCCCCAUAUACAUCCUUCAAAACCACUUCUCGCACCAUGUACGACACCGCUCGGUCACGCGCCCAAAUUCACACAUUUACCGAACCAAAAGAAGUUCUCCUAGUAUCCCCCAACGGGGAAAUAAUGGAAGGAUCCCUCACAACCCCAUUCUUUUAUCGCGAUGGAAAAUGGGUGACGCCUUCCGAGGGAUGUGGCGGUCAAAUUGGUACGACGAGACGAUGGGCAUUAGAGAAGGGGUAAGUUCUUUCGUUUUCCUUUCUUUUCUUUCUAUUAAUAUAAUCAUCUCCACCACAUCACAACUUCACUACAUCCAUUUCUAAACAUCACUCACCCAUUUCUCAUUUCCCAAUCCCAUCCCCCAUCCCACCCUACACCCCAUCCUCCUCACUCAUCCCCCCAACCUCAAAAUAAAUAAACAAACAAGAGUAAAAACCCCGUAAUCUAACCCCACCCUAGCAUCAGCACCCAAAGCACCAUCUCCAUCGACUCCCUAACCGAAGACGAAGAAUGCUGGAUCAGUAAUGGAGUAAGGGGAUUUACUUUUGGGAAGAUAAAACUUUUGCCUUGAAUAUAUUUAUCUAUUGACUUAUCCACCCAUUUAGACCUUUAUUCAUUUAUAUGUAUAUAAAUAGCUACCUGCCUACCUGCCUACUUGCCUACUCACCUACUUACCUGUCUAUAAACUAAAAAUCCAGAAAUCUAGA